GAGAGAGGGGGGAGCGAGAGGGAGAGAGGCAGCCAGGCAGGCAGGGGCAGAAGCACAGCAGCUCUCGCUUUCUCUCUCCCCCCCCCCUCUCUCUCUCUCCUCCCACAGGGGCAGGGGAGCAGGGGUAGUAGUAGGCUCACGGGUAGUCAUCGCACGCGAGUACGCCAGCAGCAGCAGCACCCGGGAUUAGACGAGACGAGACCGCCGCGGCGGGAGGCGACGAGGAACACGUCGUCCCUCCUCCCGUGCUCGACGACGACCGCGGUCCCCUAAACCCUACCGAUCCAUGGAGGACGCCGCGCCCGAUGGGGCAGCGCAGGCGUCUCCGACCCCCGCGGAGGCCGACUGGCCGCCCGAGCUCCGCCUCCCGCCGCCCCCGCCCCCCGCGGACCCGCCGCCGCCUGCGGGGACGGACGAUCCGCACUUCCUGAGCUCGAUCAUCGGGGACGCGGCGGCCCCACCCCCACCCCCGCCCCCGCUCCCGCCGCCGAUGCCGCUGCCGCUCGGGCAGAAGCGGAAGCGGGGGAGGCCGCCCAAGAGGAAGGACGGCGCGGGCGCGGGGGCGGUGGUACCGGCGCCGCCGCCCGCCCGGGCCGCCAGGAGGAGGGAGGACGAGGAGGAGGUCGUCUGCUUCAUCUGCUUCGACGGCGGCAACCUCGUCGUCUGCGAUCGGAGGGGUUGCCCUAAGGUCUACCAUCCGGCGUGCAUCAAGCGUGAUGAGGCAUUCUUCCAGUCCCGGAGCAAGUGGAACUGCGGCUGGCACAUAUGCAGCAGCUGUGAAAAGGCAGUGCACUACAUGUGCUACACUUGUACAUACUCCCUCUGCAAAGUGUGCAUCAAGCAGGGUAAAUUCUUCAGUGUCAGGGGGACAAAGGGCUUCUGCGACACAUGUUAUGGGACUAUACUUUUGAUAGAAUCCAAAGAUGAAAGUGCAACAAAGGUUGAUUUUGAUGACAUACUCAGCUGGGAGUACCUGUUUAAGCUAUAUUGGUUAGAUCUGAAAGGGAAGCUUUCAUUAACAUUGGAAGAACUUACUACUGCCAAGAACAGAUGGAAUGUUCCUAGCACUUCUGCUAGGAAAGAAAAAGAGGAGUCGUCUGAUGACCUGUAUGACGCUAAUGAUGAUGAUGAUGCUGGUUCUGACUGCUCCUCAAGAAAACGAAGACGAACUAAUUCAAGGAAAAAGGGUCAAAAACGCCGAAAAGUAAAUAAAGAUUGUAGCACUGCUGCAAAAAAGGUCGAGCUUCCAACUAGAAAUACUGAGAGCGUUCCCACGGAACUGCCAAACGAACGGGUGCCAUUGCCAGUAGACACAAAAGUACCAAAUGGACAGGUACCCUUGCCAGUAGACACCAAAGUACCAAAUGAACCAGUGCCCUUGCCACCAAACAUGAAAUGGGCAUCACCAGAGCUAUUGGAGUUUAUAGGACACAUGAGAGAUGGCGAUCAAUCUUUCAUUUCUCCAUUUGAUGUUCAGACUCUUCUGCUUGAUUAUAUCAAGAAGAAUAACCUUCGCGAUCCUCAGAGGAAAAGCCAAAUUAUUUGUGACUCGAGACUUCACCGCUUGUUCAGGAAAGCACGAGUUGCUCAUUUUGAGAUGUUGAAGCUUUUGGAAAUGCAUUUUCCUAUGAAUGAGACUUCAACAGUAACUGAUAGUAGCCAAGUGACAAUCAAUCUCAAUUCAGCUCAUGUAGAUACCAAUGGAUACAAUGACAUGGCUGCAAAAUUUUCACCUGAUAAGAGGAGAAGGAUCCAUAGAAAGAUGGAAAGAGAUACACAAGUUAAUUUUGAGGAUUAUGCAGCAAUUGACAUGCAUAAUAUAAAUUUGAUUUACAUGAGGCGCAGCCUGAUGGAGGAUUUAAUUGAUGAUGCCAAAUUCUCAGACAAAAUUCAUGGUGGUUUUGUGAGGAUAAAAAUUUCUGAUGUGUGCCAGAAGCAAGACAUAUAUCGUCUAGUAAAGGUUAUUGGAACACACAAGGUUCCGGAAAAGUACAGCAUUGGAAAGAAGAUGACAAAUUUUGCACUUGAGAUAUUGAAUUUAAACAAAAAGGAGAUUAUUACAAUGGAUACAAUAUCUAAUCAUGAUUUUACAGAGGAGGAGUGCAAACGUUUAAGGCAGAGCAUGAAGUGUGGUGUAAUUAGCAGACUAAAAGUGGGGGAUGUCCUAGAGAAAGCCAUGGUAUUGCAAUCUGUAAGAGUGAAUGAUUGGUUUGAAAAUGAAAAGCAGAGGCUUGGGCAUCUCCGUGACCGUGCAAGUGAAACUGGGCGCAGAAAAGAACUUAGAGAAUAUGUAGAAAAGCUGCAGCUUCUCGACAAUUCUGAGGAAAGAACUCGUAGGAUUAAUGAAGUUCUGGAAGUGCAUGUUGACUCACAUAUGGAUCCUAAUUAUGAGUCUGCUGAAGAAACAGAUGAGAAAAGAACUGUCGCAAAAUUGGUAAAUCGGACAAGACCAGAUACAACCAUAUCGCGAAGAAUAUCAAGAUAUAGUACUAAACAAAACCAUCCUCAAAAAGUUUCUGAUUCUAGCCACCAUCCAAAAAGCUUGUCCACAGAAAGUACAAUUUGUGAAUCAGGGGCAAGAAGUUUGGAGAACAGCACAGCAAACAGAACUAUGUCUGAAGCUGGAUCACUUUCAUCUUCUGGAGUAACAAUGUCAAAUGACACAGAGCCAGAGAAAGUCUGGCACUACAAGGAUCCUUCUGGGAAUGUUCAGGGUCCAUUUACUCUUUUGCAACUAUCAAAGUGGACAAGUUAUUUCCCACGUGAUCUGAGAGUAUGGCUUACAUUUGAGAGUGAAGAGAGAUCAUUGCUGUUGACUGAAGUGCUUUCAAAACAGCAGAAAGAUUUCACUCAGGCUGCAUCACAUACAAGUAGCAAGGCAACAUUGGUUGGCACUGGAGAUACAAGGAACAGCCCUAGUGUGGAUCAGACCAAUGCUUUCUCUCCUGUUGGUCAUAGCGUGGUUAGUUCUUCUGGAAUAACUGUUCAGUAUAAUAAGUAUUCUGUUCCAGAAAGGGAAAGUGUGUACUCUCCAGAUGAUAGCUUGUCACUGUCAACUAGUUCGGUUCCACUGAAGGAUGCGUAUACUGUGAACAGCCAAGCACACUGCCAGAAUAAGCAUUUUGUUUUGAUUCAGUCUCCUGGGAGUUCAUAUGGGCACACAGACUUGAACCAUGAUGCAAUACAGGGAUGCUCUGGUGAAUCAAAUCAUCAUCACAGCAGUGGAGCCCUAUGGAGUCCUACCGUGGCACAUAUGAGUUGUAGUGGACGUGGUAAUGUGGAAUCUCAUCAGAAUCAGCAUGUUUCCUGGUCACAAAGACAGCAUGAAUCUAAAAAUAGUUCACAAAGAGGACCUGUUAAAGAUCUGAUGAAUUCAGGGCAGGAUCUAUCGAAAAAUCUACCUACUCAACGUAUCGGGAAAGAUGUAUCCAGUCCUUUGUUUGCUUGGAGUCCGGCCGAGUCGAGGACAGCUUCAAGUCAACAUGAAGGCUCUUGCUUAAGUUCAACAACUAAUCCAAGCUUUCUCGAUGAACUUCAUUCUUCUAUAGCUUCUGCAAAGCCUAAGAGCCAUGCUCCAGCAACCCCUAUUGAAGACAGAGGUUCUAGUUCACCAUCUGGCAUGCUGAGUCAUGCAGAAAGAGUUCCAAUCUGCAGUCCACAAUCAGCCCCUUCAGCAUCUGUUUCUGAUAUGUCCAAGAUGGAGGAGAUCAUGAAUCAGCAAAGAACACUCGAGGCGGAUACAUCGAAUGCUUCAGUUAACCAGUCUCCAGAAUCAAAGAUUUUCCCUGUAUCCUCUCCUGAUAACCAAGAUACUGACCGUGAGUUUCCUAGUCCAGUUCCAAGAUCUGAGAAUAAGGACACUGCAGUUUACAGCUCAGGAUUAACACCAGCAUCACAUGAAAAUAUUACUAUGAAUCUGCCUGGUUCAGAUACAUGCAAGAUGGAGGCCGUGAGUCAGCAACAAGUAAUUGGGACUGUUGUAUUGAAUUCUUCAGAUAGUCAUUCUCCUCAAUCCAAGGUUUCCCCUGUAUCUUCUCCUAAUAACGAAGAUAUGAAACAUGAAUACCCCAGUUCAACCCCAAGGUCCGAGAAUAAGAUUCCUGCUGUGGACAGUUUACUUUCAACAUCAGCUGCUCCUGAAAAUCUCAUAACAGCUUCUGCCCAUGAUUCUGAUACAUGCAAAAUGGAGUUUGUGAAUCAGCCAAAAACACUUGAAGCGGAUGCAUCAAAUGCUCCACUUUGUCAGUCUCACUCUCACAUUUUCCCGGUACCUUCUGACAAUCAAGAUAUAAAGCGUGAAUGUCCAUGUCCAACUCCAAAUUCUGACAUUAAGGAACCUCUUGUGAACAACUCAGCAACAACUUCUGCAUCAGCCUCUGAUACAAGCAAAAUGGAGGAGUUUGUGAAUCAGCAAAAAACACUUGAAGCAGAUGCAUCAAAUUCUCCACUUAAUCAGUCUCAUUCUCACAUUUUCCCAGUACCUUCUGACAAUCAUGAUAUUGAGCGUGAAUGUCCAGGUUCAACUCCAAGAUCUGACACUAAGGAACUUGUUGUGGACAACUCAGUGUUAACAUCAGCAGCACCUGAAAUUCUAACAACAACCUCUGCAGCCUCUGAUUCAUGCAAAAUGGAGUCAGUGAAUCAGCAAAAAACGCUUGAAGCAGAUGCAUCAAAUGCUCCACUUAAUCACCAUCCUCAUUCUCACAGUGUUCCUGUAUCUUCUGAUAAUCAAGACAUUCAGCGUGAAUGUCCUAGCCCAACUCCAAAAUCUGACAGUAAGGAACCUCUUGUGGACAACUCAAUAUUAACAUCAGUGGCGCCUGAAAUGCUAGCGACAACUUCUGCCUCUGAUACAUGCAAAAUGGAGGAGUUUGUGAAUCAGCAAAAAGCACUUGAAGCGGAUGCAACAAAUGCUUCACUUAAUCAGCCUCCUCACAUUUUCAAUGUAUCUUCUGAUAAUCAAGAUAUUGAGCAUGAAUGUCCUAGCCCAACUCCAAGGUCUGACUGUAAGGAACCUCUUAUGGACAACUCAGUAUUUACAUCAGCGGCGCCUGAAAUUCUAGCAACAUCUGCUUCUGGUACAUGCAAAAUGGAGGAGUUUGUGAAUCAGCAAAGACCAAUUAAAGCGGAUGCAUCAAAUGCUUCACUUAAUCAGCCUCCUCAUUGUCACAUUUUCACUGUAUCUUCCAAUAAUCAAGAUAUUGAGUGUGAAUGUCCUAGCCCAACUCCAAGAUCUGACAGUAAGGAACCUCUCGUGGAAAACUUAGUGUUAACAUCAGCAGUACCUGAAAAUCUACUGAGAAGUUCUGCAGUUGCCUGUGCCUCUGAUACAUGCAAGAUGGAGAUCUUGAAUAAGAAAAGAACAUUUGAAGCAGAUGCUUCACUUAAUCAGCCUCCUCACUCUAGUAUUUUCGCUUCAUCUUCUGGUGAUAACCAAGAUAAUGUGUGUGAACAUCCUAGUCCAAGUCCAAGACCUGAGGGUGAGCAGCCUCUCAUGGAUAACUCAGGGUUAACAUCAACAGUGCCUCAAAAUCUAACUUCUUCUGCAUCUGCUUCCAAGAUGUGCAAAAUGGAGGAGAUCUUGAAUGAGAAAAGAAUACUUGAAGCAAACCCAUCAAAUGGUUCGAUUACUCAAUCUCCUCAAUCCAAGGUUUUCCUUGUACCAUCUCCUGAUAUCCUAGAGCGUGAAUUUUCUAGUAAAGCGCCUAGGCCUGAGUUUAAGGAACCUGCUGUGGACAGCUCUGGGUUAACAUCAGCAGCACCUGAAAAUUUAAUGACUAAGCAACAUGUCCACUCACCAGAUGCCUUUGUGCCACCAAAGUCUUGUGCUCCAACUGGGGAAUUAGGUGACACGAAAUCAGAUUUUAAAGGUGAAGAAAUUAUUCAAAAAGAACAAUAUUGUGAGAGUGAAUCUAUUGUUGCUACAAGAGAGAAUUUGUUAAUUGAUCCGUCCUGUGGUGCUGAGUCGAUAGAUGUGUCAGAUGUAUUGGAAUCGUUGAUGGAAGAAAGGGGUGAAACUUCGUACAUGCCAGGAUCAGUAGAGGACUUCCUAGCUGCUUCAGCCGAGGAAGAAGUACAAUACUCUAGCCCUAUCGCAUUAUCUCCUUGGGGUGAACCUAAUUACUACCAAGGUGAUGCUGUUGAUUCUGCAUUAUGGGGUAUUCAAGAUGAUAUAUGGUCAUUGCUUUCACCAAGACCUAUGCUCCAACCUUCAUCUGGUAUUGGAACUGAGAAGGAAACUUAUGAUAUCAACGAGGUGGCUGUGACCCAUGUUAAUAGUGAAUUGUUUCAAAGAGGAUCAAUGAUCACAGAGGAAAAUGUGAACCAGGCAAACUUGAGUGCUCUUGCAGAUUGGAUGCUGUCUGAUCAGGUCCCAUCAAUACUAAAUGGUAUGUCAACAUCAUCGGUAGAUGAGAGCACCAUAGUUUUAGGUUCUCAAGCAUCAAACAAUCAGAGCUUAGACUGGGGUACUACGUGGACUAAUCAGAAUAUCAGCAUGCAUAGCAAUGAAAAGGCAGAGCCCUCGAGUAAAAGCUAUCGAGAAGAAUCAAGGAAGCAGGAAACCACCAAUUCCAGUGUUUCUAUUUCUGGAGAGGCCAUUGGAAACAAGGGCUUGAACUCUCCUGAUAAUGCUAAUCGGGGCAGCCAACUGAGUCAUCACCACCGUGGCAGGUACUCCCAAAUCAGUGAAUCUUGGCUACUUAGUUCAAAUCACUCUAGGAGUAGGUCUGAUAGAUUUGGCAGCGGUGGGUCAUCAAGAUCAACUUCAAAGGGGCAAAGUAGGGGCUAAUGUAUAUUCUCAAGUGCGGGAGAAAGGGUGCAUCUUUGUAGCUACCUGCAUCCUUGAUCUCACAGCAGGAAUAGGUUUUAAAAUUCUUUGUCAUAUCUUUGCAGUUUGUAUAGGCUAAUUACAAUUUAGUCGACAGAGUGUAAAUGACCAUCUCAGCUCCACUCAACUGUAGCAAGGAGCAUAUGUUUAGCAUAGAGGUGUGACUGAAUGGCCCUGUCCAAGAAGUAGAUUUAGCUCUUGGGCAUGGUCUGUAUCAUCUUACAUUCUGUUAGAUGAAGCUGCAAUUGUAUCACUGGCAUCUAUUGACACCGAAACGCCUGAUGUGAUGGAAACGGUUAGAUCUGAUUGAUUGGUUAUCUUCAGUUCUUCUCGAUGAUGAUUAGUCAUCGUCUAGACAGCUGUAA